GAAGGUCAUCAGUUUGUCUGUGGCCGUGGUCGCUAAGUUACCGUAGAUAUUUACACAUUUAUUUUCAAACAUCAAAAUACUUUCUUAAGAAGAAAAAUGAAAUUCAUGACAACGUCCAUAAGUCAUACGGAAAAGGAAAAUCUUAAAUGUUUGACAAGAAAACACAUCGCCGAGAGACAAAGACGAGCGAGAAUUAACCUUCUCCUCGAGCAGUUGGAGACACUUAUCUUGCCACAGGAUUCCGAGCCGUCUCCUGUGAAGUUAGAGAAAGCCGAAGUUCUAGAGAAAACUGUAGACUACAUCAAGAGACGUAGAAGUACAGACAGACAAGGUUCAAGAUUAGACUACGAGAAAGGCUAUAAGGAAUGUUUACGAAAAGUAUUUAAUUUCGUCGAGAGUUCAUCACUGCCACCUCUUCAGAAAAACAACUUACGCGCAUGUCUGCUGAGUAAACAGGCUUCAAGUGAUCAACCAAUGGAAACUCCCCUCUCUGAAUCCGCCAGUCAGAUACGUCAUCGACUUCCCCAACAAUAUCUUGCCGGAAAUCAGUGCACGCCUGUACAAUAUAUCAAACAGGAAGCUGAUAUAAUGCAUUGUAACAGCAAUGCCUUGGACACCGUUCCUCAAUAUCAAAUGCAGGUUUCUCAAGAACAAAUUUCGAUGUCUGCCGUUCAUCUUCAAAUAUCUCCUGUUACGAUGCAUGUUUCUAACCCCCAUCCAUCGGUAGCGAGUUACCAUUGUCCGGUGUCUCAAGCAUAUGAUGGUUUGUUGUCUACCACAAGCGGUAGACAUAUGCAAAUCAUGAGAACCGCUACUACCCAAUUUUGUGAACAAGAUAGUAACGGAAUCAGCGACUCCAAUGUUUGGAGGCCGUGGUAGACUGAAAAAAACACUUGUCAACGCGACUUUAUAUGAUGUGCUUUUGUGAUUUAUUACGACAGUAGUGCCCCCGACUUAACUUACUUGAUUCGUAAGAUUUUAACUACGGAAUGAUAGCUCAGUUAUGAUCAAAUUACGAAAUGUACUGACUAGUAAACAUUAUUGUUGGGGCUGGUCAUUAUGAAAUGUUAUGAUACGAAACUUUGUCAUUCACAAUUUAUACACGUUAUUAUAUGUUUUCAUAUAAAUAAAAGUAGUGUUACUGAAAA